ACACCUACAGGAGCCGUGUUUAUUCAGCUCCAUGUUUAAAAUCUCGACGGAGUCAGCUGUAAAGGGACACCAGCUGCCGGACAAACUUCUCCAGUACUCUAAUGCUGGUUUCAUCUCACAGGAGGCGUAUGUUUGUUGACGUCGUAGAAGAACAUCAGCUGUUACACCAAGAAACAUGACUUCACUGCAAAAGAUAGUCUACCGUUGUUUGCAAUGUGACAAAGAAUUCAACGCAGCGUAUCGACUAAAGAAUCAUCAGAGCGUUCACAGUAAAGACAGGCCAUUCAGCUGUGAGCUCUGUGAUAAAACGUAUAAAACAAAAGGUCAACUAAAGGUUCAUCAGAGAAUUCACAGUGGUCAAAGGCCGUUUACAUGCGAACUUUGUGGGAAAACAUUCUCGUCUGCGAGUAACGGUAAACGCCACCAGCUCAACCACGACGGAGCCAAACCCUACGUCUGUGAGGAGUGUGGGAAAACAUUUUCUCUGAUGUCUAACCUAAAGCGUCACCGGCUCAUUCACACUGGAGAGAAACAACAUAGCUGUAGUGAAUGUGGGAAACGUUUUACACAGCGCAUAAGCCUAAUAGUCCACCAGCGUAUACACACCGGAGAGAAACCGUACAGCUGUGAGUACUGUGGGAAGUGGUUCACCCACAUGAGCGUGUACAAAAUCCACAGAAACAUCCACACCAAUGAAAACAUCUACCCUUGUAAGUAUUGUGGGAAGCUGUUGAGUUCACAUAGAGCACUCGAGGUUCAUAAACGCAUCCACACUGGGGACAGACGCUUCAAGUGCAAACACUGUGACAAAACCUUCAUCAAAUCAGCCGAAUGCAUGAGACAUGAACGCGUCCACACCGGACACAAACCGUACUGGUGUGAACGGUGCGAGAAAAACUUCAACACAUCUGAUCAGGUUAAGAAGCACAAGUGUGUGUGACAAACCCGUCAUGUUUCGUCACUUGACAUCAAGGGUGCGUCAUAAUUCUACAAGGACACAAUGUGAGUCCCUGCCUUGAAAAAAGAGAAAACUGCAGAAUUUUCUGCAAUUUCACAAAUAUAUUCAAAGAUUUUUUUUUAGGGGGGGAUUUGAGAAUGUAAUAUAUCAGUUUGUGCAGUUUAGUUCCUCUCCUACUUUACAGACUUUGCUGAUUAAUUAGACAUUAAAAGUGAAUAAUGAAACAAAAGCAUCAAAAUUUCAGCUAAGGCACUUACACGUUUAUUGCCUUGCACUUCGCAAUUCUACCACUUACUUUUACUUAAAAGUGUAUGUAAAAGACAAUUUCACUUACAUUAGACACCCAAUCUGAAAAUGAUGGGACAGUAAUUUAAAUUCACAUCAAAUGGAUUUUAAUUGUAAUGUAAUAAAAAGAAUAAUAAAUAAUAAAAUAAAAAAAAUACUGUCAAAGGAAAAGGCUGAGUUGAAAAUGUAAGGCUUCUGUGUCUUUUUACAAGUGGUGAAAUUUUUUGUGUAAUUCAAACUUAUCAGAAGUGGUCAAACAUUUUAUAUUUCAUGGGUUUAAUGGGUCAGAACAGUAGCAGUACAUUAAUGUCAUUGCUAUGGCAACACAGUGAAUUUCAGUGUUAUGUCAGAAAUGCGUCAAUUGUGCCCCCCUUAGAAUUUGAAACCCCAUGAAGAUUUGACUUAGAUGCACAGAUACACACACACAUACACACACACACACACACACACGCACACACACACAAGCCUCUGGGACCUGUACUAUAACUCAACCGUGAAUGUGUUUUCUUUUCUCUUCUGAAUAUGCUGUGUCAAUUUUCUGCCAUUUCCAGCCGUCGUUCGCUGACAGAGGAAGUAAUGUGUAACUAUUUUGUACAAACUGUGCAUUCUGCUUGGAUGUGUGCAGAGGUGUGACAGCCUGAUUGUUGCUACUUGCAGUUUUAGUUCUUGUUGUUCCCAUGACUUAACUGAUUAUUGUGCUGUAAUUGUACUUUUCUCUGUGUCUUAUUGUUGUAAAUACCUGCAGCAGUAUUUGUUUGUUAUUUCAUAUAUUGUACUACUUUUAACCUUUAUAUUUUUGUGUUCAUUUAAAUAUUCGUGACUAUACUGUACUGGAACAAUCUUUCACUAAAGCCUGUAUUUAAAAAAAAAAAAAAAGUAAAUGUAUAUACACUGACACUAAACACAGCCAUGUGUUCUAUGAAGGAUAUUGUAUGUUGUUGCUACUUCAAGGGAUCUUUGAAUGGAGUGUGUAUGAUUUUGUUGCCAAAAUGUCACUGAUUAAAUUGUUGGUUGUGUCUUAUUGAGCAUGUGUUCUGAGUUGUGACGCAAUGAGUCAAAUUCCACAACAAGUGUGUAAGCUUUUGCAAAACUGUGAAUGAGUCUACGUCUAUAUUUAACAUCGUGUCAAUUAUUUGUGCUGUUAUGGUUAUUAAAAAGGACAUGUACGCA